AUGUAUAUAUGUGCACCAUGUUCACGUAGUGCACUUGGGGGGCCAGAAGAUGAUUCAGAGCCUCUGGACCUGGAGUUACCAGAGUUAAUGGGUGAUGCCCCACCCCCAGCGUGCUCAGGCUUGCUGCCUAGGGGUGAUGCCCCACCCCCAGCGUGCUCAGGCUUGCUGCCUAGGGGUGAUGCCCCACCCCCAGCGUGCUCAGGCUUGCUGCCUAGGGGUGAUGCCCCACCCCCAGCGUGCUCAGGCUUGCUGCCUAGGGGUGAUGCCCCACCCCCAGCGUGCUCAGGCUUGCUGCCUAGGGGUGAUGCCCCACCCCCAGCGUGCUCAGGCUUACUGCCUAGGGGUACCUCUGCCACGGGAAAGGACUUGGUGACCUUUGAGGAUUUGACUGUGAACUUCACCCAGGAUGAGUGGGCUCUGCUGGAUUCUUCCCAGAAGAACCUUUACAGAGAGGUUGUCGGGGAAAUCUUCGUGACCUUGGCUUCUGUGGGAGAAAGAUGGGACCAGAAUAUUGAAGACUGGUACAGAAAUCAGGGGAGACUCUUAAGCAGCCAUAUUAUAGAGAGACUUGGUGACAGCAGACAAAGUAGCCAUUAUGGAGAAACCUUCAGUGAAACUCUUGACCAUGAUCUGAAGAAGAAAAGUUCUACUGAAGGAAAACUCUGUGAGUGUAGUGUAUGUGGGACAGUCUUCACGCCUCUCUCGUCUGGGAAGCCCAGGCGUGCUCACCCUAGACAGGAAGCACGUGAUUCCAAAUGUCAGCAGUGUGAGCCAGCCUUCAGCAGUUACUCUUCCCACAUCAGUGCCGGGUCUCACACUGAAGACAAACCGUAUGAGUGUCAGGAACAUGAGGAAGCCUUCCUUUCUUUUACCGGCCUUGGUGAAUCCAUUGUACCUCAUACUGCAGGUGGACCGCACAAGUGUAAUGUGUGUGGGAAAGGUUUGCACUAUCCCAGCUCACUGAGAAUCCAUGAAAGAAUCCACACCGGAGAGAAGCCUUAUCAGUGUGAACAGUGUGGAAAAGCCUUCAGUUGCUGGGGCUCAGUUCGACGACAUCAAAGGACUCAUACUGGCGAGAAACCCUACACGUGUAGUCAGUGUGGGAAAGCCUUCAGCUCUCUUUCAGGCCUUAAAGGCCACAUGAUGAGGCACACUGGAGGUGGACCUUACACGUGUAAGGAGUGUGGGAAAGUCUUUAAUUCACCCAGUGCACUUAGUAAGCAUGAAAGAACUCACACGGGAGAGAGACCCUUUUUGUGUAAACACUGUGGGAAAGCCUUCAUUUGUUCAACUUCAGUUCGCAAACAUGAAAGAACGCACACUGGGGAAAAACCCUAUGAAUGUAAGCGAUGUGGGAAGGCCUUCAUUUCUAAUUCAGGCCUCCAAGGACAUAUGAUCAGGCACACUGGUGUUGGGCCUUAUAAAUGGGUCACUGACCUUUGAGGAUGUGGCUGUGAACUUCACCCAGGAGGAGUGGGCUCUGCUGGACCCUGCUCAGAAGAAGCUGUACAGGGAUGUGAUACUGGAAACUGUCAGGAACAUGACCACUGUAGGAAUACAGUGGGAGGAUCAGCACAUUGAAGAUCAGUACAGAACUCCUGGAACAAACCCAAGGCCAGAAGAGGGCACCAGACCCCAUUACAGAUGGUAGUGAGCCACCAUGUGGUUGCUGGGAAUUGAACUCAGGACCUUUGGAAGAGCAGGCAAUGCUCUUAACCGCUGAGCCAUCUCUCCAGCCCCCAAGGUACUUUGUAUUCAUUAGGGGAAAUAGUUCCCACUAGUGUGAAAUAGAAAAGUCAUGGUUAUGUAUUUUUGUUAAAAACAUAGUUCUCAUGGUUUAUCGUGAUAUCAUCAAAGUUAGAGUCAACCUGUGAAUUCAAAUGAUUCAUCUGCUCAAACUCUUUAGUAUCUGGGACUGUAGAGAUAUAUUGUCAUGAAGUUAAAAAAAAACCACAA